GUAUUAGCCGCCGAUACGUCCAGAGGGAGAGUGUGUUCUUGUGAGGUAGAAAAAUGCCGGCGGGUCAUGGAGUGAGAGCACGAACCAGGGAUCUGUUCGCGAGGGGUUUCAGGAAGAAGGGUUACAUCCCACUGACAACGUACCUCAGGACCUUCAAGGUCGGAGACUAUGUCGAUGUAAAGGUCAAUGGUGCCGUUCACAAGGGCAUGCCUCACAAGUUCUACCAUGGACGCACCGGUCGCAUCUGGAACGUCACCAAGCGCGCCGUCGGCGUCGAAGUCAACAAACAGGUGGGUAACAGGAUAAUCAGGAAGAGGAUCCACGUCCGAAUCGAGCAUGUGCAGCAGUCAAGGUGUGCCGAGGAGUUCAAGCUGAGGAAGAAGAAGAAUGAUGAGCUGAAAGCGGAGGCCAAGGCCAAAGGCGAGGUGAUCAGCACCAAGAGACAGCCCAAAGGGCCGAAACCAGGUUUCAUGGUCGAAGGCGCAACCUUGGAGACUGUCACUCCUAUCCCGUACGAUGUCGUGAACGAUCUCAAGGGUGGAUACUAACUGAUCCACUCUACUUGCCAAAGCCCUUCUUCUCUUCAGAUUUUUGCAGUUUAUGUUUCCUAUUCGUUUGAGUUUAUCUUCAUGUGUUAUUGUAGCAACUUUGCCUAUGACUGAAUCUUCAAUUUAUAUAUUCAGAAACAGACACGAGUGCAUUUCUCCC